CGCGCUCUCCAUCUGUCUCUCUCUCUCCCUCUCCCUCUCCAUCUUCUCUAGGGUUCUAGAGUUCAACUGCCCGAUUUUCUCCAGCAAAACUUAAACUUUUGCAGUUCUUUCGGUAGUUCCGUCGCGUGAUUCAGGCGCAUUGCGUCGGAAGUUCUAGGAGCUCCUCCGGAGGCCGUCGCGAUCCCCGUCGGCCUCUCGGCGACGCUCCGAAGGGCGGGUUCGAGUACCGACCCUCGUUGUUCCGCGUGCUCGAUUGUCACGAGCUGUUGCCGGUGAGCGUGGGACAAAGAAGUGGCUGCAGCAAGCCGUGACUGUCGUUUUCUCGCCGUUUCUCUACGACACCGUUGCAGAAUGGUAAGCAAAAAUGCAGCAGAAAAGGCCCUGAAUCUCAUAAGAAGCAGGCUCUGCAAUCCUAAUUUCAUCUUCAGACCUCUCUGUGAUUCUCCCGACAGCAAUUACAGCAAGUUGAAGUUUAUAGUCUCCAGUUCAGUUACAGAGGCAUGCAACAAUUCUGUCUUGCUUCUAGGUCCCCGUGGGUCCGGGAAAGUUGCCGUGUUGGAACUCGUUCUUGAAGAUCUGCUUCUGGAAUAUCCUGAUAUGAUUACUUUGAUCAGAUUGAAUGGACUGUUGCACAGUGAUGAUAAUAGCGCUCUCAAGGAAAUUGCUAGGCAAUUAUGUGUAGAGCAUCAGCUAUUAUUCUCAAAGAUGGCUUCAUCUGAUGACAAUUCCGAGUUCAUGAUAGCCAUGCUGAGGGAGUGUGGCCUAGCACAUAAAACAAUCGUGUUUGUACUAGAUGAGUUUGACCUCUUCACUCAGGGGAAACAACGGCUCCUGUAUGCGUUACUUGACGCGAUGCAGUCAGUGACAUCUCAAGCUGUAGUUAUUGGUGUGAGUUGCCGACUGGAUGCUGACCAGCUGUUGGAAAAGAGAGUAAAGUCUCGUUUUUCUCAUAGAAAGCUGCUAUUUCUACCUCCAUCCGAAGAAGAUAUAUAUAGGUUAUUAGAUCAUGUCUUGUCUUUGCCAGUGGACCCAAGCCUUCCACAUGACUAUGCUAUUGAAUUUAAUGCAAAACUACACAGUAUGUUCUCAGAUGAAAGGUUCCGGCAAGUCAUCGAUUCUUAUAUGAAUUUCAGUCCCACUGUUCGGCACUUGGUGAAGUACCUAUUCCGGGCUGUCUCUGAUAUGGAUUUGAAGUUGGGUUAUUUAUCAUUCGAGAACUUCAAAUCUGCAAUUUCAUGUUUGCAGAGGCAACCGAAAAUGGAAUGCUUAAGAGAUUGCUCCAUACUGGAACUCUAUAUUCUUGUUUGCAUGAAGAGGUUGGAAGUGAAAGAACAGAAUUCUUACAGCUUCAGUGCUGUCAUGAAAGAGUACAAAAGCAUUCAUGAUUCAUUCCAGACGUCUGACUAUUACAGUCAAGAUGUGUGUCUGCGGGCAUUUGAGCACGUUCUACAACGCGGAUUAGUUUGUUUUGCGGAUGGCAGAGGACGUAUUCAGUCUACUGAGUUUCGCCCCAUGAAACUUCUUAUCUCAUUUGCAGAGCUCAGCCAAGGCCUUAAAGCGCAUCAUUCAUGUCCUGCCAUUCUUCAGAAAUUAGCAUCAUAAUGAGCAGCGGGUCAAAACUGUUUCAUGUGCAUGAGCACGACCAGUCGAGAUGUCAAUCUGCCCAUUCCAUCUUGAUUCGGCUUGGUGAUUCACUUUCGUUAGCCGAAACUAAAGUGCAAUACACAGAGAUAAAGGCACAUUUUCUUUUGAUUA